CUUGCCUGCCGCAGCACAUUGUGGGAACACCGGAGAUCACAAUAGAAUAAAAAGCAUCCAAGCGGCUCACCUGCUUUUUGUCCUGCUCUGGUAUAAAUACACUGAUUUCCAGACACCCGGACACACUCAAGCAAACACUCACACACACACUUACACACACACACACAGACCCAGACACACUCCACCGUACUGCACAGAAGGAGUAGCAGAAGUCCAGCCGUCUCUCCAUCACCAUGUGCGACCUGUGGAGAUACAAAGUCGUGAUGUCGGUGUUGGUUGUGGUGCUGUUUUUCCUCGGUUGUGACGCUGAUCUGCACAACGAAGCACAGAGAGGCAAAUUGGUGUACGCUCGCGGGAACCACUGGGCUGUGGGACACCUGAUGGGUAAGAAGAGCAUAGACGAGACGCUGGGUUCGGACAACCACGACGUCGAUGCUCAGGCUUAUUUAUUCACAGCGCAAGCCGACACACACACACAGCCGUCCAGACUGCUGAAGGCUCUUGAGGAGUUUCUGGCUGGACCAGAGAGAGAGACAGAAGACAAGAGGGAAAGACAAGAGCGUCUGGCAGGGCUGAGGAGACGAUGGGAAGAGCAGCUGGCAAGAGAGAGGGAGAGCAAUCAGGCAGCAAGGUUUUUGUUACUGGCGUUAAACACGAGAGACUCCGACGCCAGCUGAAGACCAGCGUCACUUCGGAUUUAUAACCCAGUUGGAAGCAGCUGAGAAGUGACGGUGCUGCCUCACAGUCAACUCUGUUAGAGAAUCAGCACCUAAAUCUCGCUGUCUGUUCAUUCUGCAUCAUCACAUCAACUCACAAACGUGUCCUAUUUUUUGUAAGUGAAUAUAAUUCUAUGCCUUUGUUUUAUAGGCCAACUACUACUACAA